AUGGCAUCAUCUUCAAAUCAUUUUCACUACCAAAGAGAUGAAGAUGAUCCAUUUGAUGCGUAUUAUCAAAAUUUUCAAGAUAAUUUAAAUUUCUUGCAAGAACCGACCGAGCCAAAAAAACGACUUUUCAUAGAGAGAAACCGUGAAGAUGGGCACAAUAAUCUUUGGAAUGAUUACUUUAGUGACACUCCAACAUACCCACAUAAUUUAUUCCGUCGACGUUUUCGAAUGAACAAGCCAUUGUUCAUGCGUAUUGUGCAUCGUCUAUCUACCGAAAUCCAAUAUUUUCAACAAACCCAAGAUGCGGCCGGACGCGCUAGUCUUUCACCAAUACAAAAGUGCACUGCAGCUAUUCGUCAAUUGGCAUAUGGUAGUGCUUCUGACACAGUCGACGAGUAUGUUCGAAUUGGUGCCUCCACAGCUCGAAAAUGCUUGUACGAGUUUACUUCUGCAAUAAUUGAAUUGUUUGGCGAUGAAUACUUAAGACGUCCCACCGAAGAAGACAUACAAAGACUACUCCAUCAAAAUGAACAACGUGGAUUCCCGGGGAUGAUUGGGAGCAUUGACUGUAUGCAUUGGGGCUGGAAAAAUUGUCCCACAGCUUGGAAGGGUAUGUAUUCACGAGCAACGGGAAAACCUACUAUCGUGUUGGAAGCGGUAGCUUCUUAUGACCUAUGGAUUUGGCAUGCAUUUUUUGGAGCUCCAGGUACUAUGAACGACCUUAAUAUUCUUGAUCGUUCUAAUGUUUUUGAUGACAUUAUUAACGGUCAAGCACCUGAGGUCAAUUUCAUUGUAAACGGAAAUCAGUACAAUUUGGCGUACUAUCUCACUGAUGGUAUUUAUCCGAAAUGGGCCACUUUUAUUCAAUCUAUUCGACUUCCUCAAGGUAUGAAAAAUUCCCUCUUCUCUAAAAAACAAGAAGCUGUGCGGAAAGAUGUAGAGCGUGCUUUUGGAGUUUUGCAAGCUAGGUUUGCCAUUGUUAAAAACCCUUCUCCUUUAUGGGAUAAAAACAAAAUGGCAAAUGUAAUGAAAGCAUGCAUAAUACUCCAUAAUAUGAUUGUAGAAGAUGAACGACAUACAUACAAUGUCCGUAACAUUUCAGAAUUUCAGCACGGAGAAGAUGUCGAUCAAACAUAUACCGUUGGUACCGCCGGUGUAGGUUCAAAUAUAGGCACAACAAUUACUCGUCGAACCAGACUUCGUGAUAAACAAGCACAUGAACAAUUAAAACAUGAUUUAAUAGAACAUAUAUGGUCUAAUUUUGGACAUCUUCAAGAUUAUGAAAAUUAA